AAAAUAAACAGUAUUUAGGUUAGAACAAAUAAAUAAUAAAUAAUUGAAAUGGAUAAAGAAAAAGUAGUGAAAAAGUUACAAAACUCAUUUAAAAUAGGAGGUUUUAUUAUAAGACGAACCUUCUGUGAGUACAUACUAGAAAAAUUUAUAGAUGAAGGAGUAGACGUAACAGAUAAAGAAAAUUUCGAUAAUCUCGUCGUUAGUAUAUGUAAUAGUUUAGAAAAUCAAUGUCUGAUAGAAAGGAGCAUCGAAAAAGAGCACAUCGAAGAGGCAAUUCAAAUGUGCUUCAACAGAGGAUAUGAUAAUACAGAAUCUACAUUCAGUGUGAUCAAUGCCUUUGAUUUUCCGAAACUUUCGUACAAUUUAAAGCGAAAACAGUAUUAUAUCGUAGAUGAGAAACCCCAAAUAUUGGCAAAUGCCGAAUCUAAGGCGAGACUGUUCUUGGAACGUUACACGACAGUAUUGCAAAGGACUAAACGUAACUUUCUUUUAAAAGGGGACGAGCUCAAAUUGCAAACUGUUGAUUAUUUAUUGGCUCUUCGAAAAACGACAUUGGAUAAAACUUUAAUUUUGGGAUCGCUCUAUCAAAUAUCCGAAGGGAAGUGGUGCUUAGAGGACCCUUCUGGCAUUAUCGAAUUAAACUUAAUUCACGCAAAAUUUAAUUCCGGAUUUUUCAACGAAAGCUGCUUAGUUUUAGUCAAUGGAUACUACGAGGAUAAAAUACUUCAUGUAUCUUCCAUUGUUUUACCCCCCGGUGAAGAUUACAAAAAUUCUAGGCCAAUAUUUGGAAAUAUAAACUAUUUUGGUGGUCCCUCCAAGGUACCUCUAAGAGAUUCUGUCCGGCUAAAAGAGCAAAUGGCUCGAAACAAAUCUGAUUUUAUGCUGUUUUUCUCAGAUUUAUGGUUGGAUUACCCAAAUUUAUUUAUAAUUAUGAGUACUAAAAAAAUACAGAAACUGUGCUUAAAAGAUUUCGUCAAGGAUUCCCCUUCACAUCGUCUGGCUUCGAUAAAAUUACCGCGAGAUUUGAGCCUGGGAGGUUCCAAACUGAAUAAGAAAGUGUACAAACCCAAUUUAAAUGUAGUUCGAAAUAAAACCAACAUCGAAAACAAGCUGAAGGAAGCGGAGAAACCGAAACCGAGGCACUUGAAAGGCCGAGAGAGGAUUAAACCUAAAUUCAUCCAAUCUACAGGCGUUUUUUCCGAAGGAAUUAUAUCUGAUGCUCCCAGUUUAGCUCCAUCGUUGCUAUUCAAAAAGCAAUGUAGCUUCGAAAAGGUCGUCUCGAUCAAACCGCCCGUGGAAAAACCAAACGAAAUCGACGUGAAAACGGAAUACAAAUUACACAAAGAAUUAAACCCGAGGUACUGCUUAGACAGCGACACAGAUACCGAAGAAACAUUGCCGUUUACUCCGAUAGAUUGGAAUGAAGCCUUCUUCGCGAGAGUUAAAACUGAAACCCAAACUCACAAAGAUCGCAUAGAACUCGACAAGCUCAAAUCGCACCUCAAUCUAUGGGAAUUACCGGACUCUUUCAAUUUCAAAAAGGAAACCCACGGCCAACUGAUGGAUUAUCAUCUCACCGAUAUGCCCGAAGGGAAGAUCGGUAAAGUGUGCGUGAGAAAAUCCGGUAAAGUGGACGUGCUCAUCGGUAGAUUAUCAUACGAACUGGAGUCUUGCGAAUGGGAGGCUUUCGCUGAACAUUUGGUCGAUAUUAACGUAGAGUCUAAAGCAAAUACCGCAUCGGUACUCGGACGGUUGGAGAACCGAUACUAUUUGAAUCCGAACUGGGAUUAUUUGGUGUUCGAUAAGUUGGAAUCGCUUUUUAGCGGUUUUCAGGACGUCGAUCCGGUAGCUUUCGUUUUCAUGGGAAACUUCAUGUCGAAUUCCCACGGAAGCGAAAUGAUGGACGUGUUGAAAAAGCAUUUCAAAAGGUUGGGGGAAUUGAUCGUCAAGUUCCCCAGCUUGGCUAAAAACUCGCAGUUCAUUUUUGUGCCCGGCAUGACGGACCCGUGCAUGCCCCACAUCGUCCCGAGAUUCGGUCUUCCCAGUUAUGUAACGAGCGAUAUAAAAAAACUAGUACCGAAAGCUACGUUCGCCACGAAUCCCUGUCGAAUACAGUACUGCACGAGAGAAAUAGUGCUGUUUAGGGCCGACUUGAUGCCGAAAUUGCUGCGGGGAACUUUACACAAACCUUCCAAAGACGAACUGUUAGAUUCCGUGAGACGCACGAUCGUAAGUCAAGGCCAUCUGAGUCCUUUGUCUUUGAACGCAUUGACUGUACAAUGGGAUUACGAUUACUGUCUACGAUUAUAUCCAUUGCCCGAUUUAGUUGUUAUUGGGGAUAAGUGCGAAUCGUACCAAGGCGAUUACAAAGAAUGCCGAAUUGCUAAUCCCGGUUCGUUUUGCGAGAGCGGUUUCCAAUUUUUAUCGUAUAUACCCUAUUCGAAUACAAUAGACGAAUGUACUUUAUAGAACUAAGAAAAUAAACAUAUUUAUGGUAGUUAAGGGAAUUUAUUAAUUUCCAAUAUGAACGAACAAACGAAUUUUCUGUCAAUUACGUAACAAUUAAAAAAAAUAUAUUUACUCCAUAUCUACGAUACGGGAAUAGUCAAAAUAGUCUCUUCGUUAUAUAUUCGCAUAACUUACACACAACAAUAAUUUAAUACUUGCCGAACGCGAUCGGAUCGUACGCUAUCCGCAAGUACAUAUUACAUUAAUCAAAUAUCACACUUUCGUCCGUAGAGUUACUAAAAUAAAAUAUAAAAUUUACGAUUAUUUACAAAGGACGUAUUUCUUAAAAAAAAAACAACGACUAUCAUAUAAAUUCGCUUCGAAAUAACAGUAGGUAACUCGUCAUUUUGGUUGAAUCGUCGCUCUUCCUAAAAAUAUAAUAACGGGACGAUAAAAUUAAACUGUAAUAGGAAUAAUAAAAUUAUACGUACGUUCUCUUUCGUAUCUCCUGAGCGCCUCUUCUCUUUCCACUGCAUCGAAAUACCACAGCGUAAUGGCGUAGCGCGUAUUGAAGGCGGGUUGGACUUCGUGGGGAUUCCUUCGAUCCGACCAGAAGAACAGCAGUCUAUCGAAAAUGGGCUCGAUGUCAGCCACCUAAAAAUAUCACAUAAUAACUCUACAUUAACACCCCUUACAGGCUUGAUUGCAGCUCAUAAUGAACCCUAAAUAUUCAUUCAUUUACCUUAUCCUCUCUCCAUCCUUCCGGGAAUAUCCGCAAGAGACCGCCGCUUCGUUGUACGUCCCAGUUUAAAUUCAGAUAGUAAAUGGCCGUUAUACAUCUACCGUCCCUAUUCGGAUUGUCCACGUGUUUCACGUAGUGGGCUCCCAAGCCUGGAUAACAAGCCACCAUAGCCUGGAAAAAGCCAUACAUUACAGCCUUUUUUAAGGUCGUCACCAGAAGCUUAGAUGGUAAUUUAAAGGUACAAAGCAGGGCCGGAUUUUCCUAGAGACUGAGGACCUCGAAAUCAAGUGAAGUCUCAUAAGUGGAGUACCUGGGGCCUCUAUUCAUCUAAAUCCGGCCUUGGUGCAAAGUAUUUGUGAAACUUCAUGAAUUCGCGGUUUGUAUGCUCACAUAAAUCGUGUGCGAAUGAAAGAAAAAAAUACGAAAUAAAUUGUUGAAAAUUAUUGUAUUGUUUGUGGGAAAAAUUCAGUAAUCGUUGCAUCGUAAAAAUCACUGGAAUUACCGAUAUCGAUCGGCUUCUAAUUACUUGAAGGUGAUAACGCAAAUCUUGUUAAAAUUUGCUAUUUACUUUUAUACUUUUAUUUAUAGUACGCAUUUUGUCGGGGCGCCAACGAAACUGCAUUUCUAAAAAAAAAUAACCGGAUAUCUUAUUAUUUGUAGUACAAAAUAAACUGGUCAAUAAAAUUGCUCAAUAAUACAGGGUGUCCCAAUGAAAAGUAGCUAAUAAUUAUUAAACGCCUAAUCAUAAAAACAUGCGGUUUUCUCAAAUAUGUUUUAUUUUAUUAUAAGUGAUGCGGAAAUAAACCUGUAAUUUCGAUAUUAAUGCAUAAAUAUGGAUAAAAAUUAACUCGAGUUCCAUAGAAAAUUUAAUAUUCAGGGCGUUGUAACAAUUAGAAAUUUCUGUCUGGAAUAAUAAUUGUCGAGUUAUGAGAAAAAAAUAUGUAACAAUUUAAUAAAUUUCCAUUCUAUGAAUAAUUUAAUAAGGCAAUAAUAAUUAACCAACCAACAACUAAAAAUCAAUAAACCAUCCAAACGGCAAUAAAAAUAACCGAAAUAACAAAUAACUAAUACUCCGAAUUAGAUACAGAACGAUUCCAUUCGUAAUUUCCCCGAUAGGUAAUGAAUGGAAGGCGACGCGCGAUUUAUCCCUAUCUCGUUUCGCGGCAUUCAAACAUUUCUGUGCGGUAGUUCGAAUAUAUCGAAAAUAGUAUCUGCCUCGGGUCACGUACACACGCGGUACGUGUGCAUGUGUAUGUACACAAUACAACAUGCUCGUUGUCGCUUUCGUUCGGCGUUUUUGCGCGCUCGAUAACACAUUUUUCCCCGUUUCAAUUUCGGUCGUAUUUUAUUUAUUUUUUUCUCUACACCUAUCGCUCGAAAUUUGCCUUCUCUGAGUAAUCAUGUCGGAUGCGUACGUGCAUUUCGCUUCCUUGGAUUUAGGAUUAGAUAACGCGCCUACUCGCAGAUGUAAUUCGAAAUUGGAAACUUUUAUCGCGUUACAAAUGGAAUGUCCCUCGUUGCAAAAGGGAGAAAACCGGUCUGGAAUUGCGAAUUGACAGUCGUUUUGUAUAUUUUUUGUUAAAGAGACCUUGUGAUUCUCGCGGAAAAUGCGUGAGGUCAGGUCAUAACCGGUUGAAAUUCGCAUUCUUAUGCAAUUUUUGGGCUGUUACGAUGAUGUAAAAAGUGGAAUGUUAAAGGCGCUUUAAAGGGCAAUCAAAAUCGGAGUUUCAUAAUAAUAAAUGGCGAGACAUUAUUAAAUUUAUGGAUGUGUAAAAUUAGAUAUCCAAAUAUGAUGUCACCGGUGCAUUUAGGUAUCUAUUUAUUUUAAUUUUAUCUUUUACUAUGUAUACAAUAUGCAUUUUUUUUAUUCAAAGAGAUUUUUCAGUACUGUGUUGCUAUUCCACUUUCGUUUGGUUUAUUGAUAAGUUUUGUAUUAAAAUUAUCAUUAUUGAAGGUACAUAAAAAUAAAUUAUCAGUGCAAAUAUAAUAAAAAUGAUUUUUUUUUUCAUUUCUGCCAUAAAAGCAGAAACAAAUUAACAGUGAAAUCAAUAUUCAAAUUCUAUAUUAAAGAAGAUCUGCAAUUCACAAUUUAAAACAUUAUUUCUGGACAGAAAACAAAUUCUAUUUAUACUUUGGUGUGAUAAUUAAUCAAUUUUCAAAAAUUCAUAGGUACCUAUCCCUGCAAAAACAUUUUACAAACUCGUUAAAGAUAAUAUCAUUUCCAAUAAACAAUUUUAAACCUACAAUCAAAAUUUCAAUUUAAUGUACUUGUAUUGUUCCAUUAACACCAGAAAUGUUGUUGAAAAACUUGAACAGAUAAAACAAACUCGUAUUUACAUUUUUUCCUAUCCCCAAAGAACCAACUUUUACAAUUUGGUAAAAUUCCACAUACGAGAAAAUAAAAUAAAAUAAAAUAAAAUUACCUUAGUCCUUCCGUUGAUAUUGUACUGCCCCAAUUGCCCGAUUUUAUCCCUCCGAUUGGCCCUCGUAAUAACAGCAUCGACCUUACUCACGAGAUACCCGAUGUUGGGGCAAUUGGGCUCUUUACCGUGCACCCAGCAAAUCUGGUCGCUUCGUAUAGUCUUGCUGUCUUCGUCCCCUUUAGAGGACACCAAUUGCCCGUCUCUGAAGACCCCUUCUCGCUCCAUUAGCAACACCUCGGAGAGGACGUUCCUGCCCCGUUCGCUGCCCAGGAAGUUAUCUAAAACGCACAGACCGUAGUUUCUCAUGUCCUUUAUGACGAUCUCGCUCAUGUCUUUGAUGUACUCGUCGUCGUCUAGAUUCGGGGGGCUGAGGGAUAUCUCAGGCAAGUCUUUGAGCCUUCGUUUGGGCACAUUCUCCCCAGAUACCGGCAUGGCGGGCGCCGCGUUCGCCGUCUUCUCCGUCGGGGACGUCUGGAGGCCUUUGUAGUUGUUGUUCGGGGCUAGUUGUUCGCCCAGGGAGCUGAGGAUUUCGUUCUCCGAACUGCCUUCGGUGGGCAGAGCUACGCUGGGUAUUUGAUCGUCGAGGAAGUGUCCGUACUUGUUUUCUACUAGCGGCUUGUCGAGCUUCUUGCAGAGCCCCUUGUGCUUCUUCCAGUCUUGUAGUUGGUGGUCUUUGCAGCAGUAAUAGGUGGUCCUGCAGCGGGUGCACCUCUGUAGAUUGUCUUUGCCGCCGCACACGGCGCACUGGUGUAUCGGUAUCGCUAAACCGGCGCCGGCACAAUCACAAUCCGUCGAACUCGAACUCAUUUUAUUUGAACUACAAACGAGUGCCUCUUCCCCACCGGAUUGAACUCGCCUCUCCGCUAUUCGCACUGAGACAACUUUGAA